AUGCUGCGUUUCGUUCAUGUACUCCCAGCUCUCGCGCUGGCCCCCAGUGCCUUCGGGGCCACCUUGAUUGCAUCCCACUUCUCUGGCGGAGUCUACACCCUCUCCCUAGCCGGCACCAAUACCAGUGGUACAUUGUCGAUAACGUCCCAGACAACUGGGUGCGGCGCCACGCCCGCUUGGAUCCAGUAUUACGGCGACACGCGCAAGCUGUAUUGCUUCGACGAGACGUGGAACCCACCUGGCGUACUUGCCGAGUACAGCGUGGGAAAUGACGGCCGCCUCACCUUGACCGGGAAGGCCAAGACCGCUGGCAAUACUGUGUACGGCCGUUUGUAUGGUGGAGCGGAUGGCCGGGGCUUCGUGGCAACUGCCGAGUACACUCCCUCCACGGUCACCACAUACAAGAUGCCGCUUUCAGGCAACUCUGCAUCGCAGACACUCAAGUUCACCAUGGCACAGAGGGGGCCGAACCCGAGGCAGGACGUCCCGCACCCUCAUGAGGUGCAGGUCGACCCCACCGGGCAGUACAUUCUCACUCCGGACUUGGGCGCCGAUCUCGUGCGCAUCUUUAAGAUCGACGCCAACAGCGGCAACCUCACGGCGUGCUCCGAGGGCAAGGCCGAUCCCGGAGACGGUCCCCGUCACAUCGAGUUCUGGAAGUCGUCGAGCGGCCUGCAAAAAGCCUACACAGUCAACGAGCUCGGAAACUCGGUGUCGGCCUGGGACGUGACCUACCCGAGCGACGCGUCCGGUUGCCUCUCGCUGAACAAGACGCAGACGCUGUCGACGUAUGCUCCCGGCGAGAAAGGUGGGCCGACAACGAAGGCCGCUGAACUCCGUUUGGUCGGCAACUUUCUGUAUGCGACCAACCGCGCGGACGAGACCUUCGGUUCGCAACAAGAUUCCAUCGCCAUUUACACCAUCGACCCCACCACCGGCGCCAUCACCUGGCUUGAAGCAGCAAACUCGUACUCAUACUACCCUCGCACUUUCCAGUUCAACAAGGAUGGCACGCUGCUCGCGGUUGGCGGCCAGACCUCGUCAAACGUGGCCAUCGUUGCCCGCGAUCCGGCCACCGGGAAACUUGGCAAGCUGGUGGCUAACAUUCAGGUGGCCCAGAAAGGCGAGGCAGGUCAGGAGGACGGCCUGAGCGCGGUGGUUUGGGUAGAGUAA